AUGGUGUUCCACGACGAUGGUCCUGUGCGGAACGCACUCCCACCAUUCAACGAUGAUGCAGCUGACCUAAUACUGCGCUCGACCGAUAACGUCGACUUCCGGGUACACCGACAAGUACUGGCCGUAGCCUCCCCCGUCUUCGCAGACAUGUUCGACCUUCCACCACCUUCACCUGAGAUUGGUGGUUCAGUGGACGAACAUCGAGACGGGCUCAUCGUCGUUCACAUGGCCGAAGACGAGCGCGCGCUUCGGCUUUUACUCGGCUUCUUUUACCCUGUGAUGGAGCCUAUCCUGGAAGACCUCGAGUUGCUCAAGCUCGCUCUGCGAUUGGCGCAAAAGUUUCAGAUGCAAGGCGUGGCUCGCUACGUCCAGCCGGGCCUCAAGCUCCUCGCCGCAGAUGCUCCCGAGCAAGUGUACGCAGUCGCGUCGGCGUACAACCUACGCUCAGUAGCACUCGUAGCCGCCCGCGCCUCGCUUUCCCGCCCCAUUCUCACGAAAGGGCGGAUCCCUUUGUACCCAGAGUUCACGGACGUGUCAGGCUUCGACGUCCUGCGACUGCUGCGGUUCCAACAGGCGUGUAGCGAGCGCGCGGUAGAUGCGGUGAUGGAUCUGCGCUGGCUCCGACGGGUGGAAAUACCAUUUAAGGACGCAUACAAAGGCUAUGGCCUCGUGUGGCAGACAUGCGACUCGGGCGAUAAGUGCGUUCAUGCGCUCGCACAACUCCCGCUCAAGCUCGAGGACGCUUGGACCUUCAAACCAAAGCCAUGGGUUAUGACAUACUUGGAGACUGCCCGGGGAGCGCUGCAUGACAGCGCCAAUAGUGCAGUGCUCGAGCGCUUUGAUACGCUGCGACCUGCAUUCGAGGAGGCCUCCUUGUGUACAAGUUGCGGGAAGAUCGCAGCUAGUGCCCUUCUCAACUUCGCGCGUCUACUUACUUCUCGCGUCGAUGCUGUGAUCCUUCAGGUGGAGUUGGAAUCUGCUAUGUGA